UCACAGUUGAAAGUUAGCAGCGAAUGAGAAUAUACCAAAACCCAUGUUUCCAAUUCCCCUCAAAGCGUCAAUGGAUUUGUCUACCAAAGUUGCAGUGUUUACAGACACAAACCUAGGAACCCACCUAGUCCUGGCUGUCUCGCCGGACAUAACAGCUGGUGAUCUCAAAAGAGAAAUUGGGAAGGAGCAUCACACUUGUUUCCCAAAGUUUGGAGAGAUCAAAGUUAAUGCAUUAAUGGUCAAAAGAAAAUCAUAUUUCUACCACCUACCCAACUUUGUCCCUAUAAAGAAUGCCUAUCAAGGAUUGAGAGGAACUUGGUUUCUUCAUGUGGAAGCAAGUCCUAGGAAUAAUUUUGAUCAGCCAUGUUCAUUGCAAGGUUUGGUUGCUGAACAAAGUGACUCUGUUCAUAACGGUAACAAUUUAACUAGAUCUCAGAAACCUGAAGAGCAUGUUAAAUUGGAUUACGAUAGCGUGAAAAACAAUUCUAGAAAAAGGAAAGAAAGAUUCCAGCAACUUGAUAAGUCUGCAGAAGAACUGCCGUCUGCUUGUAAUACAAGGGAAGGGAAAAACAAGAGAUUAAAAGAAAAGCACAGAAACAAUUUUAAGGGAAAGGAUGAAGGAUUUCUUGGUGGAAUGGACAGUCAUGGUUUUUCUUCCAGGGAGAGGUUGGGUCAUGUCGGAGAGAAUGAAGUGGACUGUAGAGAAGAUGAAUGGUCUUCGUGGACAAUUAUUGAGGGCACCCACAGUCAGAGCUCAUCUGAGGUAGUAUCAGUGACAGGUAUCAUUACAAAAUAUUUUUCAAUGUUUGAUGAGGUGAACCAAUUUGACCCUCCUUCAAGGUAUGGAGUUUGUAAUGACGUUGUGGCCUGUGAAGCCGAUCAAAUUUACCUAGAUGAAUCACUGAAAUCCAAAACAGAUGAGGAAUGCACUAAAUUGCAAGUUGGCAACAGGCUUCCAUAUGCAGCCAAGACACCAUCUAGAAUGUGUCUUUCUUCGUGUGGCAACCCAAGUCCUGGAACUUCAAGGAGUAAGCUUGGAACAGCAGAAGUAGGGGAACGUUUUGUCUUGGCAGCCAAUAAUCUCAGUAUUGCUGUGAGGAAGAAUGAACCUACAAUCUCUAUCUGCCAAUCAAAAGGUAGAAAGACACUACCACUCAUCUCAUCUUCCCUUGUUGCAAGUAAUAUCAAUAGCUUUGAGAUCAGUGAUAGUGAUAACUGAGAUAAUUCACUUAAUUGUCUAGAUGACUUCUGCAAACCUGCCAAAAUGCACAGCUGCUUAUGUCACCAUCAUAGAAAGGGGUAUCAUCCGGCAUUGAGUGAUGCCAAAUUGUCCAGCUGGUCUUGCCACUAUCAUACAAGGGUGUUUCAUCUAGCAUGAAAUGAUCUUACCUUACAUAAUUGAGGCUGUAACCUGAUUUUACAAGUUUAUGAUGUUUACCAACCUGAGCCAGCCAUUCAGACUGUUAGGAACCUGCCACAUUGGGCAGAUGCUCAUUUGCCCACUAUACAGAGGGGGUGUUGUCCAGAAAUCCAAGAACUUUAUCUAAGAUAUUCAAGGCUAACACUAACCUGAUCAAACAAUCUUUACCAUGUGAUCUAUGAAUUGCCUUCUUGACCUUUGGCCUUUUCUUCUAACAUAUUUAUUCACUAUUGAAUGGGUUUCUCUCUAUGUCCU